AUGGAGGACUACCUGCGGGGUAUCGACGCCAGUGGCCAUGGUUCAGCCAUUCUGGCCCAGCUUGACGACGACGUCUACGAUCUGGCUCGGGCUGCCGGCAUAUCAUCCUCAGUGCCGGGCACGGAGAUCUUAAAGAACCUCCGAGGAAUCCUCUGUGGGACGACGCCCUCCUGGCUGGAGCGCUCCAAAUGCCACCGUCGAACACAAAAACCUCCGGAAGGGGUACUGGAGGUCCACCAGGCUCUCCGUCUCCUCGGGCGCCGGGCCUACCCCACCAUGAAGGCCGCGGACAUGGAGCAGAUGCUGCUGGACCAGUUCGUCCACGGUGUGUCGGACCCAGAGGUUCGGAAGGUCCUCCUCCGUGCACAACUUUCUACUCUGGACGCUGCCCUUCAACUUGUCCAACAAGAAGAGGCGCUUCAGGCCGCUUCUUCCGUCCGCCCCCAGGAACUCUUCAGAGCCACCUCCGUGCGCCCGAGUCUCACGGCCGAUGCCGGCACCCAAACUCCUUGGCGUCCGUGCUCCUGCGGAUCGUUUUCUCCGCGGCAAGGCAAUUGGCGCUGA